AUGUCGACAGGACCUCGUUUUCCAAAAUUGAUCUUGUCUGGCAUACAACCAACCGGUAGUCCGCAUAUCGGAAAUUUUCUUGGCGUCCUCUCGAAAUGGGUUUCUCUCCAGCGGACCGCUCAUGAUUCUGUAACAUUAUUGUAUCCUAUUGUCGAUUUACAUGCUCUAACUAUUCCGCGGGACCCAGAACAACUGAAAAAGAGUAAGAUUGAAACAGCAAUUGUAUUAUUAGCAUGUGGAAUCGAUCCAGCAAGAAGUUUUAUAUUCGAACAGUCCAGGAUACCUGCGCAUACAGAAUUAGCGUGGUUGUUUAAUUGUAUCACGCCAAUGGGUUGGUUAUCGCGGAUGACCCAAUGGAAGUCAAAGCUUAAAUUAAAAACAGAUAGUCAAUUCAGUGAGCAUGAAGUGCUUUCAUCUUCAGGCCUAUGUUUAGGAUUAUUUUCUUAUCCGGUAUUACAAGCUGCCGACAUUUUGCUUUACAAAGCGACACAUGUACCGAUUGGUGAUGAUCAAGUUCAACAUUUAGAAUUAACAAGAGACAUUGCCGAAAUGUUUAACAAGAUAUAUCAUCAAAAUAUAUUUCCUUUGCCAUUAUCAAUUACUACAUCAGCGAAACGAAUAAUGUCACUCUAUGAUCCUUCAAAAAAAAUGUCAAAAUCUGAUCCAGAAAACACUCGGAUAAAUCUUAGUGAUCCUCCAACAAUAAUCGCUGAAAAAAUCAAAAAAUCAACAUCUGAUUCUCUAAAGUACAUCACUUAUGAACCAGAAACAAGACCGGCCAUAGCAAAUCUAGUCACCAUCUAUGCAACCAUGCAAGGAAUAACUAUUGAUCAAGUCGUCGCUGAACAUGGUAAAAGUAAUAUUAAAACAUUUAAGGAUGCACUAACACAAGUAUUGGUAGAGAAAUUAUCACCAAUUCAAGAGGAAGUUCAAAGGUUGAGGCUCGAACAAGGUUAUGUACAACAAGUAUUGAAAAAUGGAGCUGAGAAAGCUUCUAUUAUAGCUGAAAAUAAUUUAGAUGAAAUUCGUAGUAUC